GUACAAUCAUCUGUCCAGCUACUGAAUGUUUCGUUCACUGGAGAGACGCCUCUAGUCAGUGUGAGUGGGGACUGAACUUCUCCACUCCAACAGACGCACAGAGAUUCAGGGAGAGCUGUUCAUUUCCAACGCAAAGAUUCGCAAGAAAGGCCACGUCGGCAAAUUCUCUGCGACUUAGUCCACCUAAG